AUGUUCGUUAGCCAAGAAUUAAUGGAAUUCACCCGAGUGGCCUUAAACCUAACCAAAUAUUACAUUAGCAGUCGCACCAAUGCCUUGGUCAUAAUGGAAAAGUGUUCUGGGUGGUUUUGUCAGGAGCAGAAUCACAGUUUCCUAUUGGAAUAUUUUUUACGAAAUCUCAGUUGUGACAUCAGUGUACAAUUGGAAUUUGGUAAACCGAAUGUUAGUCCAUGGGAUUUUAAUCUGUUUGUCAUCGAUUCUGCCAAGGCAUUUGAAGCCCUCCGUCUUCAGCUACCCGGUCCAUCGAAAAAUCGUCAAUUUUAUUUCUUAAUUUUGUUGACCUGUUCCACGGCGGAUCCCUUCUAUGUCCAUCAGCAAAUGUAUAAAAUAUUUAAAGUCUGCUUACAAAUUGGGGUUAAGAAUUCCGUCAUUAUGCAUCGUUAUUCCGGGGAACGUCAUAUCAGCUUCUACACGUAUUAUGCUUUUGGUCGUUACCAUUGUUGGGGUGAUAUAACCAUAAGGGAAGUGAAUCGCUAUGUCGAAGGAAGUUUACGUGAAGAUUAUUUAUUCCCUAAACAAUUGAGAAACUAUCACGGAUGUACGAUUAUGGUGAGCGCUCAUUUGGUAGAACCCUUGUUAAGUUUUAAUGGUGAUUUCACGAAUGAAGAGCAUUUAAGUCAGAAAUCACGAAUCGGAGGCAUCGAGGGAGAUAUAUUGAAAGUAGUAGCCGAUACAUUGAAUAUGAAUUUGAAAUUUCGUUUCCCACGGAACUUGAAUAAGAAUUAUAUGUAUUCGAAUCGAACGGAUUCACUAACUGAUCUAGCUGAAAAUCUUUCGGAAAUAGCAAUUGGAGGACUAAGUCCCAUACUAAAAGAGACUAUAAACUUCACAUAUUCUUCGGUGUAUCACACAACACCUGGCGUAUUCGUGGUGAAGAGAGGCCUCAGUUUUGGACCAAUCAGGCAAUUACUUAAACCCCUGGAUAAUAAUAUAUGGAUACUUAUCAUCAUUCAAUGGCUUGUAGCUAUAGUACUGAUCCAGCUUGUUCAACGUUGCGGUACUGUUGCAUUAUGGAAUUUCAUAUUUGGACCACAUAAUCGACAGCCGUUACGAAAUAUGUUUAUGGCAAUUUUAGGUUAUCCAAUACCGUCGGCAGCUGUGCCGAAAAGAAAUUUCGCCAGAUUUCUACUGAUGGCCUGGCUGUUGUUAACCUUUGAAUUGCGCAAUGCUUAUCAGGGUAAAAUGUACGAUAGUCUGAGAUUGGCCAAACACCUACCCGUACCGAGGACAAUUGAUGAUCUUAUUAGGCACAAUUAUAUUUUUCUCUCACCCGAAUAUAAUGAUUUUUAUCCGCGCAAUAAGACCCGAGUUAUGAGCAAUGCCUUCAAGAGGCUGCACGAGAUAAACUCAAGUCGCGAGAAAUUAACCGCCAUGGCCCUACUAGACUAUUUAGUUGAUUUUAUUGCUAAAAAUAUACACAACACUUCGUUGACCUAUGUCGAGGAGGAUAUCUAUUCGUUUCAGUGUGUCAUGAUGUUUCGUAAAUAUUCUGUGCUGCCGCAGAGUAUUAAUCCAAAAUUGAAAUUGCUGACCGAUGCUGGCAUUACAGAUCACAUUGCCAAACGCUAUGUUCGUUGGCAAAAACAGAGUGGUAACCAGCGUGGUGGAGGAGUACCACCAACUGGGAUACAAGAAAUCACCAAUCAUAAAUUGCGAGGUGUCUACAAUGUUUUGUACUGCUCUGACCCUGCCGAUAUACAUGGAGUUAAACAUAAUUAUAGCCGUUCAUUAAUAUUGGGAAAUAUUGAAGAUUCUCAGGCGUCAUUAAUGCAUUAUGGCCAGGUGGCCUUGUACAUGGUCACCCAAUAUAUAAGUCCACGUACCAAUACGCUGAUAAUAAUGGAGAAUUGUCUAUCCCAUUGCGAUAAACAUCGUCUGUAUCAUUCUACGGUUUUGAAAUUUUUCCUCAAUAAUCUCAACUAUUCGAUGGCAACACAAUUGUUUCUUGGCCAACCCGAUGAACGGCCAUGGGAUUAUAAUAUGUUCGUGGUGCCGACAUGGCGUGAAUUUGAGUUGAGUAACCCUGCAGCUGAACAUCCCGAAAACGAUUUAUGA